AUGAAAAAUUCGAGGGCCUGGGUGAGCGUGCUGCGCCCUGCAGCUCAGCUCUCGGGAUCCCAAGGAUGCGGGAGAGGGGGGGAGCAGCAGCAGCAAAUUAGCAGCACCAGCAGAGCAGCAGGACGUGGAGAGCACUGCAGCCUUACGAGUCAACGAGGCUCACCCAAGAGUCUCAGGAGAAGGCCAGGAGAGGGGGCCUCGACCAACAGAAGCAGCAGCAGCAGCGGCAGCAGCAGCAGCAGCUGCAGUUGCUGCUGCUGCCGCGCUUUCCACAGAGGCUCGCUACCACAAAAGCCUGCCUCUACUGCCCAAAAAGGUCAAAUUCAAGAAAAGAAGCAGGGAAGUAAAGGCCAAGAUGACGCAGCCGAGCACUGGCGCAGCAGCAGCUGCUGCUCGUGCUCACUCUUCAUUGCAGAAUCGGUUUGGAGGAGCCGCGGGGGCCCCCCACCCACUUUAGUUUGU